AUGAUAGGAAGUAGCAAACCGACAAAAUUCAGUUAUCUGGUCCCAGUUACCAAACGGUCAUUACAAAUGAACUCGUGCAUGCACCUACUGGCUUCUAUUGUCGAAACGUGCACAGAAGCAGCCGUUUUUGUUAAAUCAGCCGGAAUACUUGAACACGUCCGUGAUUUAUUAAGAUUGCAAGGGCCGUACUCACAGAUGGGUCAGUGGGCGACCAUAGUGCUGUAUUAUGCUGAUUUGCGAUUAAAAGAGCAUUUAACAGAUAAAAACUUGAAUGAAAAAAUAAAGAAACCAGAACGUUUCGAAUCGAACGAUUCAUUAAAAAAUGUCAAAAAACAGAUUAGUUACGAUGAUACGAAUUUGUUAUUUCGAAGUAUUAUCAAAGAAAUAGCAAAAUGGCAACCUAACGAUGAAGUCGCCCGUAACAAAUCCGCGAUGUGGGAUGUCAAAAUAAAGGCAUUAGAAAAAAAUCAAAGUUGUAUUGUGCCCAAAAGAGUGAUCCUGCCAAAAUAUUCUACCACGCGGAGCAGAACGUUCAAUAAAAAUUUAAAAAUAAACAAAAAUAACAAACAUAAUGAAUACAUUCGUCAUGAGUCGCAACAAUUGUCGUUUAGUUUUUUGCAAAAGCGAUUUCCGCGGUAUAAAUUCGAUGAUACACAUCUUUAUGAGUCCAAGAAUUCUGACCAUAAAAUUGUAGACAACGUUCAAACUACAUCAAGAAAUGUUAAUGAGCAGUCUCGCGUUAAUUACACGAACAUUGGAAACAUUCAGACCGAUUGGAUGGAAUCUUUUAAAUCGAAACUGAAAGGCUCUGAAUUAAAUCAAAAAUGUGAUUUGAGCGUUAUCGAUUUUAAACCGAUAUUUGUUUCAACUCCAAAGCACAGCUUUAGUUUUAACGAAACCGAUUUACGGUCAGCGAAUCAUUCGAACUACACUCACAGUAAGAGUACUACAAUUAAUAAACGUUCGUUUAAAACUAAAAAAACAGCGUCGAAACACCAACAAAAAAUAUCGAAUAAAAAAAUCGAUAGAAUGUUAAAAAAUCGAUCUUUAGGCUCCAGAUUAUUCAAUGUCAUCAAUAAUUCUUGCACAACGCUCAUGAAAACCGUCAAAAAUAUUUUCGGAAGUAGGAAUUAUGAACGGAAUGGUGACGAAUCUGAAACGAGCGACAGGCGAGUUCCGUCUUGCUCGUUCAGCUUCACAAACUACAUGCGUAAAAGAGAUGCAGUAUUGAUGGACGUUACGUCGACGGAGCCGCGAGACCCGUACGCCGCCGGCGGGCUCAACAGCUCGUGCCAAACUUGUAAUGACACUGAUGCUUUACAACAUAAAAUUCUGGACGACAAACACCUUCAGCAAACCGUUAAGAAACUUAAAAUGGGAAUCAAUGUGUAUGGCUGCGAUUUCAAGAAAAUUUCUAAAUCAAUGUGGCCUUUAGAGAGCUACAUGACACCGACAGUACUUUACAAUCUUUAUAGGAAAUUAAUUAUGAAAUAA